GACGAGGAGUUUUGCGUUAUGCCACUAAGUAGAGACUGUUCUACCAACCCGUUCCGCGUUCGAACAGCCCGUUCCGGAAGCUCCGCCUUUCUCCUGCAUGCGAUUCUCGCCCUCUCUUCACAGCAUCUGGCUAAGAAAAACGAUUGUAUCGAUCUGAUGACUGAAAUGCACAAUCACCGGUCUAGCGCAAUCCAGCUAUUCAGUGAGGCUCUAGGCAAUACACAAUCGAAUUCCCUUCCACUUCUGGACACAGUUCUAGUACUAAUAAACCUCGAGAUAACCCAAUCAGCGACAGGUAUGUGGGGUGUGCAUUUGAACGGCGCACGGCGACUUCUUGAACAAGCUGGACCCGUGGAGAUACAUCAAGGAAACUCACGAAUUCGCGCGCAAUUGGCGAUGCUUGUUUGGUGGGAUGUUACUAUUGCUUUCAUCUCAAGGAAGGAGCCGCGUCUGCCCAUCACAUACUUGGAGACGCUGCUAGAGUAUGACGAGAGCGACGGCUGGUCAUAUUUCAUACUCAACGGGUGCCCACCCGAACUCGUUAUGGCUAUGGCCCGGCUCGCAAAGCUGGCCAACAUAUAUGAAAAGACGACUCGAAUGGAGUGGACGAUUUUCAACAGACUUCCGGUCGACGCUAUAGUGGAAGAGGUUAGGAACUUCAGUAAUGAAGCAGAUGUGGGUUUGGACGACUUCGAACACUUGGACGAAGACCCGGAUGCAAGACGUAAUAGAUUCCAUUGCGUCGAGGCUUGGAGACAUGCCAUCUUACUCCAUGUCUGUCGAGUCUUCACGCCAAAACAAGACGCACCUAAACUGCGAUUGAUCAGCCACCUAUCCCGUGUCAUUCUCGACCAUGUUCGAUGCAUACCGGCCACAGAGGUCAUUCAAAAACAAGUGCUUCUGCCAGUAUUCCUCGCUGCAUCCGAAGCCGGCGAUGAGCAGGGCCGUUCUUUUGCCCGCCAAUACUGUAAGCACUGGAAUGUUGCUUCCCGAACCUAUCAUUUCCAAGCCACCGCGGAGCUCCUGGAAGAAAUUUGGAAGGAUUGGAGGCCCUCAACCAGAGAUGCGUACUGGUGGGGCCUUAAAACCGGUGGCCAGGUUUGGCCGCAAGCCGGUGGCGGAGAAGACCAGACCAUGGUCUCGGAACUGCUUCUAGGGUGA